CUUUUAGUCUGCUUCCACAGCUCACAUGACCACUCGCGGCGCGCGAUUGUCUUUCAACCUCGUUCGACUCUGGUUCAACUUGUACAUCCCAGCUUUAAAGACCAGUGAGUAGAGGUGUAUGGUUGGCUGUGGUUGGUGGGUUUUUGUUCCUUUUGCUUCCACUUGUUGUCCCUUUACCAUCUGUAAUGAUCACUGCUCUUCAUGCACAAAUUUAAUUGACUAUUUGUCCACUUUCCCUGAUGUCCACACAUCACUUUCAAAAAUUUUACUCCCCUUCAUCUGCAAAACCUGGAUGUUCGCGAGAGCAAGGGUACUAGCUGGAGAGCGCUGUCCAGUGCUGAAAGCACAGUGCUGUCAGCUGCUUUCGAGCUCUUAGCCGAAAAUACAGGUUUUACAGAUGUUGUCCAUUUUGAGAUGGUUAUAGAAACAUUAGGUCUGAAGUGGUGUACUGUGUGGGAGUGUUCACAUAACAGCACUGGCCUAUCCUGGCCAACCUUACCUGAUCCAAGUAAUUA